CUUCCUGCUCCAUAUUCACUGUUCUUGGAGAAACGCCUCUGGAGAGCUUGCGCCACCUUGACUAGCAUUAAAAGUAUUUAUUAAAAACUAUAAUUUAUUACCUUCUUAUUGUUAUUUUGUAUUGAAAGACAGUGAACAACAGUUUAGGUUCCGUGUCACGUCACCAAACGUCGUUCUUAAUCUCAUUUUUAACGAAAACGUCCGUAGGGCCUGCUAAAGUUAGCUCAGCUGCUAGCCACCAUUCAGUCACUCUCUUCGACGGAGGAAUAAUUUUAUUGUCUAACGCAACCAUGGAUCAAACUGGAGUCUCGGCAGAAGUCCCAAAGAGCCCAUGGGGGUCAGUGAAGACUGGAACCCCCUCCUGCUCUCUGGCUGAUGUGAUGAGUGAACAGUUGGCCAAACAACUGGAUGAUGAGAACACACUGUUUCCUGAGCGAAAAGAUCCGGUGCCUGACCUGCUUUUGUCAGAGGACACUUGUGACACGACCAGUGACUUGGUGCUGGCUCAGAUGUUACAGAUGCAGUUUGAUAGGGAGUACGACGACCAGCUACGCCGCGAGGAGAAGAAGUUUAACGGCGACAGUAAAGUGUCCAUCUCCUUUGAAAACUACCGAAAGGUCCAUCCUUAUGAAGACAGUGACAGUUCAGAGGAUGAGGUGGACUGGCAGGACACCAGACACGACCCUUACAAAGCUGAUAAGCCUCAGACGACUCCCCGCAGAGGCUUUGUUGGAAAAGGCAAGAAUAUCACCACCAAACAUGACGAGGUGAUCUGCGGUCGCAAGAACACAGCCCGCAUGGAUAAUUUUGCUCCUGAGAUCCAUGUCGGAGACGGUCUGGGGAUGGACCUGAAGUUACCCAAUCAGGUGUUCAACUCUCUGAAGCAGCACUGCUACAGCGAGCAGAGGCGCAGCGCCAGGCUGCACGAGAAGAAGGAGCAUUCCACUGCUGAACAAGCGGUGGAUCCCCGCACUCGUCUCCUCAUGUUUAAGAUGGUGAAUUCUGGUGUUCUGGAAAACAUCAACGGCUGCAUCAGCACCGGGAAAAAGUCUGUGGUCUUCCACGCAAACGGUGGGAGUUUGGAGGAGGAGCCUGUUCCCAACGAGGUGGUUCUGAAGGUUUUCAAAACCACACUCAAUGACUUCAAGAAUCGAGACCGCUACAUCAAGGACGACUAUCGCUUCAUCGACCGCUUCAGCAAACUCAACCCACGCAAAAUCAUCAGGCUGUGGGCGGAGAAAGAGAUGCACAACCUGUGCAGGAUGAAGAAAGCAGAGAUUCCCUGUCCACAGGCGGUGCUGCUGAAGAAACACAUCCUGGUGAUGUCAUUCAUCGGUGAGGACCACGUUCCUGCUCCAAAACUUAAAGACAUCAUGUUGAGCUCUGAGGACAUGAAGGCGGCGUACUUCCAGGUUUUACACAUGAUGCAGCAGUUGUAUCAGAAGUGUAAACUGGUGCACGCUGACCUCAGUGAAUACAACAUGCUGUGGCACCAAGGAAAGGUUUGGUUGAUCGACGUCAGUCAGUCUGUUGAACCGACCCACCCUCACGGUCUGGAGUUCCUCCUCAGGGACUGCAGGAACGUUGCUACGUUCUUUCGAAAGAGGGGAGUGACGGAGGCCAUGACUAUGUACGAACUUUUUAACGCCGUCACUGGACUGAACCUCUCCAUCUGUGAUGAAGACGAGGCUCAGUUUGUAGCUCAGAUCGUAGCGUUGGAGAAGAAUAACGAAGAUCACGUGCAGCGACGUGGGAAGAAAACGUUCCCUAUCUCUGAAGACGUCGACCCUCCUUUAAAACCCGAUGUUGCUGAUUAACGCUCGCCCCCGUGGCGCUCUCUCUCUCUGUCUUCACCGCCACCAUGUUGAAAGAUUUAAAAAAAAAUCAAAUCAGGAAGGGCCUGUCCCACAUUACAGGAGCUCAGUACUGCCUCCUGGCUGCAGGGUCUAUGGUUUGGCUGCAGUGGCAGUUCCAAUGGCUGCACCUGAUACCGUGAGCUUCCAGCAGAGGGCGCUCUCUUGUCUUCUGCUGCAGUGUGUGUUUUAAAGAGUUAAGAUAAGGUUGUGUUUAACAAUGACUUUCAUCAUCAAAUGAGAUGUUGAAUCUUUUCUUCUUUUUUUUUUCAUUUGAUGGAGAAAAUGUUGGAACGCCAAAACCUCAUGAUGAUGAUGAUGUAAAUGUGUUCUUCCACAUAACCAAAUGAUUCCAUUGAUUCUAACAGGGCAGCUUGGGACAGUUUUAGAAUCAGUUUGACUAAUUUAUAAGAUCUAGUCAAACAUUUUAAAAUAACACAUAACCGUUCUUUUUUUUUUAAUCAUAAUUUGAUAUUAAACAGCAUCUUAAAAGAAAAUGAAGCGACAACAGGAAAAAAACAAGAUUAUCUCUGAGAGAGCUACAUGCUUGAGCACAGCGUUGGUGUCGGGAGAGUCAUGUGCACGGCCGUGUACAUUUGAAUCACCUUUGUGUGGAAAUGAGAUUAAAGCAAUGGAAGCAGCAUCAA